AUGAGCUACGGAGGCAACGUCGAAGGUUAUUUACUCAAGAUCGAUGGCAACAAAGUCUGUACUGUAUACUGUAUCCUCGACGAGGGCAUGCUGCAGUACUUCUCUCGAAUGGGCGGAGAACAGUUGGGAGCUAUUGCUUUAUCAGGGUCCAAGGUGAAUGUCUUUUUGCUUCCUCCCUCUGAGGUGCCCAAUCUGUUUCGCGUCGAUGCACAGCCACUUGCUCCAUCCAUUCGUCGGUGUGGUGAUCGACAGAAUGUAGAUGCAAUUAAGCUGGUGUCGAUAACAUUUGCAGGGUCUACCAGUGAAGUCACACACCAAUGGGCUGUCUCCAUCCUCAACUGGAAUCGGUACAGCUGGGAAGAAAGUCAAUUGGUGUGCAGUUCCAGGAGUGAGUAUUAUAACUUGCAGAAGCUCAUUAAAGUGAGUGGAAUGAAGAUAAUUAAGACGACACGAGAUCCUGUUGUCCCGGCUGGAGUAAGCCCCGCCGUUUUACCAUUGUAA